AUGAGGUUUCAUUUUGGGAUUGGGAUGGGUGUUUUCGCUACCCUGGUGGUAGCGAUUUGUGCAUCGCCCGUUUCGUCGGAGGGAACGACGUUGUUAGUUGGGGGUGAGGGGGGGAAUGGGAAUGGGAAUGGAAAGGGGGAGGCGGAGGGCAUGAAUUUUUACGAAGCGAAAGCGAGUGGGAGGAGUGUUGGUGGGGUGAAGGGUGAAAGGAAACAGAAAGCGAGAGCCCAAGGAAGGGAAGAAAAACCGCAUGUGGUGCAUGAAAAAAGAUCCUCCCCGCCUCCCAAAUGGAAAAGAUCCGCACGUCUCCAUCCUCAAGCCGUUAUCCCCGUCCGCAUAGGUCUCACGCAACAAAACCUCCACCGCGCCGAGGAAUUUAUAAAUCAGGUCUCGCAUCCUGAAUCCCCUCUGUACGGUCAACAUUGGAGCGCAUCCAAAAUCGCAAAUAUGUUUGCUCCGUCUUGGGAAACGGUGGAGGUUGUGCGGACGUGGCUGCAUGAGGCGGGGAUUGCAGCGGAGAGGGUGAGGGUUAGUAAGGGGAGGGCGUGGAUUAGUUUUAAUGCGACGACGGAGGAGGCGGAGGGGUUGUUGAGGACGGAGUAUUUUGUGUGGGAACAUGAGGAGGGGGGGAGACAUGUGGCGUGUGGUGAGUAUAGUGUGCCGAGGGGGGUGAGCGCGCAUGUGGAUUUUGUGACGCCUGGGGUGGCGUUUGAUGGGAGGGUAGGGGGGGGAGGAGGGAGGAAGCAGGUGAGUCGGCAGAGGGAUUUGCCGGAGCCGUUGAGAGUGUUGAAUAGGAGGGCGGAGGAGGUGAAGAGGAGGAAGAGGGAUGGAAUGGGUGCUGAAAUUGGCAUGGGUGUGGGAGACACGAACCCUGUUGGAAAAAUGGGAAGUCCGGAAGAUGCGUCGAAUCCUAAGCAAGGAGCCGAUGUCAAGAAUGCACUCAUGACGCUCGAAAAUUGCGAUACAAUGAUCACAACUGCCUGUCUCCAAGCUCUGUAUAAUUUUCCUCCGGGUUCGAAAUCCGCGACGAAUAAUACGCUGGGGGUAGUCGAAUACACACCGCAGGCAUUUCUCCAAACCGAUUUAAACAUGUGGUUUGACCAAUUCUCACCCAGUCAAGCGAAUAAAGUACCGAUUGUGGAUUUAAUCGACGGAGCCAUCGUGCAACAAACGAACCAAUCGUUCGCGUUCAACGGGGAAAGUGCACUGGAUCUCGAAUUCGCCAUGGCGCUCAUCAACCCGCAACAAGUGACCGUCUUCCAAGUCGGCGAUGUGGUCGAGGGAGGAAGUUUCAACAAUUUCCUCGAAGCAAUCGAUGCUUCCUACUGCACAGCCGAAGGCGGCGACUCCAAAGAUCCCAACGUCGAUGGUCAAUAUCCGGAUCCCAAACCCGGGGGGUUCCCCGGGGAGCUCCAGUGCGGACGCUAUCAAAGCACCAAAGUUAUCUCAACCUCGUAUUCAGCCAACGAAGCGGAUCUCGGCGCAAAAUAUGAAAUGCGUCAGUGUAAUGAGUAUAUGAAACUUGGGCUUCAGGGCGUCUCGGUGCUGUACUCCUCGGGCGAUUUUGGCGUCGCGGGAAAUGGGGGACAGUGUAUUGAUUCGAAGACGGGAGCGUAUAAUAAUGGAUCUUCGGGGAUGUUCAAUCCGAGUUUUCCCGGGACUUGUCCUUAUGUGACGAGUGUGGGGGCGACGCAGAUUCUGAAUGGGAGUACGGUGCACAGUCCUGAGAGUGCGGCGUCGAAGGUUAUUUUCAGCGGGGGAGGCUUCUCGAAUGUUUUCCCGAUUCCGGAGUAUCAGAAAGACGUCAUGGCGACUUAUUAUGCGCAGUCGCCGCCGGGGUAUGGGGCGGACAGAUUCAAUAAUUCGAGAGCGGUAAGAGGGUAUCCGGAUGUGAGUGCCAAUGGAGUGAAUUAUGUGACGGCGGUCAAUGGACAGUUUUCGUUGGCGUUUGGAACGAGUGCGAGUUGUCCGGCGUUUGCGGCAAUGCUGAAUUUGGUGAAUGAGGAGAGGAUUGCGGGGGGGAAGGGGACGGUGGGAUUUGUGAAUCCGGUGUUGUAUGGGAAUGUGGGGGCGAUGAAUGAUAUUACGACGGGGAGGAAUCCGGGGUGUGGGACGGAGGGGUUUGAGGCGGUGAGGGGGUGGGAUCCGGUGACGGGGCUGGGGACCCCGGAUUAUGGGAAGUUGGUGAAGGUGUUCAUGGGGUUGCCUUAG